AUGUCUUCUGCACAAAUUUGUCUCUCAAUUCUUUGUCUCAUAUUAAUAUUUUUUUUUUUUUUUUAUUCAACUUUAUUUUAUCGCUUUCUUUCUCGUAUUUAUGUCUACAUAUUUCUUUCUUUCUACCAUUUAAUCUUCCCCUAUUUCUUUCUUUUUCUUAUUUAUACUUCCAUCUUUCUUUCUCUCUUUCUUUUUCUCUUUUUUCUCGUAUUUAUGUAUGCAUAUUUAUUUCUUUCUACUAUUUAUUCUUUCUUUCUUUUUCGUAUUUAUACUUUCAUCUUUCUUUCUUUUUUCUUUCUUUCUCGCUUUCUUUUUCUCUUUCUUUCUCGUAUUUAUGUCUGCAUAUUUCUUUCUUUCUAUCAUUUAUUCUUCCUCUAUUUCUUUCUUUUUCGUAUUCAUACUUUCAUCUUUCUUUCAUUUCUUUUUCCUUCUUUCUUUCUUUCUUUCUUUCUCGUUUUCUUUUUCUCUUUCUUUUCGUAUUUAUGUAUGCAUAUUUCUUUCUUUCUAUCAUUGAUUCUUAAUCUCUUUCGUAUUUAUACUUUCAACUUUUUUUUCUUUCUGUCUUUAUUUCUUUCUUUCUUUCUCGCUUUCUUUCUUUCUUUCUUUCUUUCUCGUAUUUAUGUAUGCAUAUUUCUUUCUUUCUAUCAUUGA